CGUCCUCUCGUCUUUAACUUCCAGUUUAAUCAAUAAAUCGCGACACUUAGUUUUGGCUGACUCGAGUCGUCUCAGUUAACUUUUCUUUCUUUCUUCCUUCUUUUGUCAGGACGGAGCAGAUGUCCAGCGGAGGGCACAACUCUCAUCUAGCAUUCGGCUAUAGGACGUUUGUUCCGGGGCGAAUGAACUGAAUCAUCGAUCUUCCUCCAGGAGACCGGACCGAUGAGCGGCCUGAAUCAGUUCCCGGCAGCACCGACCUGUGGUAAACCUCAGGUGUGUGACUGGUGUCCACCUCCGCCGCAGCAGUACCCGAAUCUGACCGGCUGGGGGCGAAACAACGCGACGCACACUCAGACCACCGCAGCUGUGAGUUCGUCCGUCCAUCCUCUCAUCCCUCUCCUCCUCUACAGUGACAGACAUUUCCCUCCGUCCUCCCCGUACACUCAGCCAAUCGGUGCAUCCGCUGCCAGACAGGCCGACGCCCACUCCAGGACGCAGCCCUGUUACCAUGGCACCAGUGCCGCAGGCAGCAGACAGGUAGUGAAGAAGCCUCUGAACGCCUUCAUGCUCUACAUGAAGGAGAUGAGACACCAAGUGCUGCAGGAGGGACCAGAGAGAGAGAGCGCCGCCAUCAACCGCAUCCUGGGACGUCGGGUGAGAGAGAGGGAGGUUACCCUGAUGAUGUCACCUGUCUUGGUUCGAAGACCUGGUCCCACGGUUGCCAAUUGUCUUAACAGAAAAAUGCCUCCAUCUCUAAGUCAUAACUCAAAUCAAACCUCAACACACAGACGUGAAACACACAUUUUUAGAUUCAGUGGGACUUUACACUUUCCAAGAAUAACAUUACCUCCUAUUUCCAUACAGAGAAACAUCAGUAAAUCUGCUUAGAAAUCAUUUUAAAACUUUCUCCUGCCUGAUAAUCUUCCUGUGUUUAAGUUGGACAGGUGUCUGAACGUCCACGGCUACGCUGACAACAGGAGCUGAUCACAGAGGAUUCAGCAGCUUUUAAUGGGACAGUUGGACUGAAUGUGAACAAAUACAGGCUUAAAAAACAAACAGGGCCCAGUUGUAACCCAGAUCAGAAACUUUGAGCAUGAUUAUCCCCCAAAUCAAAGGGGGGGGGGGGGGCAGUGAUUCAGGGCUUCGGAGAGAAUUAAAAAUGUUGGAAAAGAGACCUGAAUAGUGGAAAAUGUUUUAAUCUACUGGAGCAACAGUUUUAGAGGAUUGUUCAGCCUCGGCAGACGUCUGUGUCUCUUUCUUGUCCUUUCAUUUGAUUUUAACUCGUCUAAUCCCCAGUCUCUGUCUCCGUCUCCGUCUCCGUCAGUGGCACGCUCUGUCGCACUCUGAACAGUCCAAGUAUUACGAUCUGGCCCAGAAGGAGAGACUGCUCCACAUGCAGCUUUAUCCCGGAUGGUCUGCCAGA